CUAGAUAGUGUUCUAGUUGGGUGCUUUUAAUCGGCGCACAAAAGGAUUUUACCGGAUGUUGAUGGAAUCACAUGUAACUGCUUUUCAGUAGUUCUGUUUCUUGUAGAUAUAGCAUGUAAACAAUUCAGCAAAAUUUUAUUUUACAUUAUUAAAUCAGAAUGUCCGCGUCGUUGAUCAGGAGAGGACUGGAGCUGCUGAAUGAUGAUAAUAAAGAUGUCAGUAAAGCAAAGAAGAAGAAGAAGACGAAGCAGCAGAAGCAGACUCCCAGCUUGGCCACAGUGAUGGAGCUGGUGAGCACCAAGCGGCAGGGGGUCAGGAAGCAGGUCAAACGUCUGCAGGGUCGCCUGGGUCCUGGCAAGAGUAAAGCUACUGUCAAAGACAAGAGGAUCAAGUCUGCAGUGGAGGAGUUCAGGAAGAAGCAGGGGAAGAGCCAGAUGAGCGCUAACCUCAAGUACUUUAUGGAAACUGGCUACAAAACAGCAGAUUCUGAAACUUUGAAGAUCCUGAGUCACAAUUCAGGGAGACAGUCCAGGAAUCACCCGGAACGACCUGCCAAGAAAUCCAAGGAGCCACAGUCAUUGUUCACUGAGGAGGAGUUCCAGCAGUUCCAGAAGGAAUACUUUGGCAGGACAGUCAAGGAGAAGAAAUAAAACGCACCCUAUCAGAAUGACCCUGCAGCAUCACAGGAGACACCAGGGCUGUCUUCUGUGGAUCAAAGUGGACUUCUGGAUCAGACUGUGUUUUGGAGGUUAGGUCCACCUCACAUGUCUCAACAGUGGAACAAGAAAUUGGUAUUAGAUCUUCAUACACACACAAGCAAAACUUGAUUUACCUGCCUGAGUAAUAACAUGCUGUAAUUCAUAAGAUCUACGUAGUGGACUGCAAACAUUUUGUGCUGGACUUUUAAUAUCAGAAGUUUCAUUCCAAAAUGUGCUGCUUGAAGGUCACAACUAAAUUAGAUUGCAUUUCAGAAUUUCUAAGAGGCAAUUCAUGCUUUGUGCAUCCGCAUGUCCAUUAAGGUCAGGUGAUGUAAUUUUCGUCAUCUUCCCAGUUCCAUGAGGGUCUGCGCAGACUUUGUGAGGACAUACACGUAUGGGCCAAAAGUUUGUGUCUGUGCAGACGGUCUGGACUGCAGAGCAAAUGUCCCCACCAUGCGUGUACCACUGUUUGGAAACUGUCAGUGUACAUGGACAAAAGGCAGACCUUCAGUUUGAACUAUGAAUAGAAACACUUGCGCACGUGUGUGUAUGCAUGAGAGUAUGUGCAAAGCAUGAAUUCCGCUUAAAGAUGACUUAUGACAGUUAUGUGCAGCUAGUAAUCAGUUUCAUUAGAGAAAGUGUGGCUUUUUCAAGCAGAACAUACAUAAUAGUGUAGUGAAGCUACAUUUCACCCCAUGUUUUCACAUUCUGGAAAUAAAACAUACAUUUGUGAAGAAAA